CCUUCACGGAUUCCGUAGCCGUGAGGACAACAUGUAAAUGUCAAACGUGCCUGUAGUGAGUUAUUGGACUUGUCUAAUGUCCAAAGUGAGCUAACAACAGCCAUUUAAGUUUUAUUCUCAUAAGAGAACCAUGUUGAACCAUUUUACUCGUCACAAAUGAUGUGAGCGGAGGAGGAAAAAUGAAUGGAGGUGACACUGUUUCUCGAAUGUUAGCUAGCUAACGAGCAACUUCACAGUGAUGUUGGCGACUUUGUCGAGGGUUAAACUCCCUCGCUUGCUUUCUACGGAAAUAUUGUCAGGGUCCACAUUAGGACCGAGAUUUCGAGGAAACGGUCUGAGCUUGGUGUUUCGUAGUUCUCCACUGAAAGACACCGCUGAUGUUAGAAAUGUCUGCACCUCACGUACAACGUUCGCCAAAGUCCGAGGAAACCAGAAGAGUGAGAUUUCAGAGAAGAAACUGACUCGUCACUUUGUAGACCAUCGCCGUGUGAAGCUAGUGGCUGGGUCAGGUGGUAAAGGUAACUGCUGCUUUCACAGUGAACCCCGAAAAGAGUGGGGGGGACCGGAUGGAGGGAAUGGAGGUGAUGGAGGAAGCAUCAUUAUUAAAGCUGAUCGAUUUGUCAAAUCAUUGGCGCAAGUAGCUGCGAUUUACAAGGGAGAGGAUGGGCAAUCGGGUGGCAACAAGAAUUGUUACGGUCGGAACGGCAGCUCAACCCAUGUUUUUGUACCAUUAGGUACUGUGGUGAAGGAGCAGGGCAAAACUGUAGUGGAUCUUUCUAAACAUGGGCAAGAGUUUUUAGCUGCAUUUGGAGGAGCCGGAGGGAAGGGGAAUCGUUUUUUUUUGUCCAACGAGAACCGCGCCCCCUUGACCGCAACUGCAGGAAUCCCCGGCGACGAGAGAGUCCUUCACUUGGAGCUACGCACCAUGGCACAUGCUGGACUGGUGGGGUUUCCUAAUGCUGGGAAAUCCUCUUUGUUGAGAGCCAUCUCUAAUGCCAGGCCUGCAGUGGCUGCUUAUCCUUUCACAACACUCAACCCACAUGUCGGAAUUGUCAAUUACAGGGAUCAUGAGCAAGUUGCAGUGGCUGAUAUCCCAGGCAUCAUUCAAGGAGCUCAUCUAAACCGAGGCUUGGGCAUCUCUUUCCUGCGACACAUAGAGCGCUGUCGCUUCCUCCUCUUUGUUCUGGACCUGUCCUCUCCAGAGCCCUGGACUCAGCUGGAGAACUUACGCUAUGAACUGGACCAGUAUGAGCCGGACUUGUCCCAGCGCCCUAAGGCCAUCGUAGCCAACAAAAUGGACUUACCUGGUGCCCAUGAGAAGCUUGAGACUCUAAGGAGCCGUGUCAUGGAACCUGUCAUCCCUGUGUCAGCUCUAACAGGACACAACACAGAGGAGCUCAUCCUUCAUCUCAGAGAGUUGUAUGAUGGAUACCAUCAAGCACAAGGUACUAGUGAAGGAAAACCAACCACAUAGUUGUAAAAUGUCAUCUGUAAUUUCUAUAGAAUGUAUUAUUGCUUAAUAAAUAGUUAAACAAGGCAAAA